CGGCCAUAUUAUAAGCGGCUGCAGUCCGCGCUAGUUAAUGUUAGCCCGAACCACCAAGAGAGUCGCAUCUGACAAGAUUGCGUGUACUUUGCGUGUACUUACGCACUUUUAGUUGACGAUAAUCCAUUAUACAAUUCCGGUUUAUACGCUCUUAACAGUAUCUUAUUGAAUUUGUUACUUAUUUUAUUGUAUCCUCUGAAUAGUUAUACACCAUCAAUAGACGUGAUUAGUUAAAACACUCUUUUUGAUACAUUAGACGUUCGUGUCUUUAAUCACGUCCUCAGUGUCAGUGAACUGGUUCAUAUUCAAGUGUUGAACAUUGUCGCUUUUUUGCGAUAAUUCGCAGAUUUUUUAGUGAAUUUUUUAUUAUUUUUAGAACGUUCUCCAAAUAAAACAUGAUGCAGUUUCAUCAGCAAAGUCAAUCUUCAUCGCUUCUAGCUCCUAACUUAUCUUCGCAGUUGCCAAUAGUGACUAAUAAAAGUCAACGCUCGUGUCAAUCAUUGAACAUCUUAUUACCAACGCCAACGACGACCAUGUCGAGGGGCAAAGUAGCUCACUUCUCCUCAUCAUUCUUCAGCCGUAGAAGCGUCGUUUGCCGACCUGUACUUUUUUCCGUAUUUGCCUGGUCUGUUGUUCUACUUUUCAUCUUAUCUUCUUUCGGCGUCGCUGAUGCUGCUGUACUCACGGGCCAUCCACUUGGUAAACGAUCGUACAUAGAUCUAGGAUGCAAGGGUGUUUACGAUAAAAGUAUCUUCGCCCGGCUUGAUCGAGUUUGUGAAGACUGCUACAAUCUUUUCCGAGAACCACAAAUUCAUAGUCUCUGCAGGCAGGAAUGCUUUAGCAGCAAAUACUUUACGAGUUGCAUUCAGGCACUGCUGCUUGAAGAUGAAAUGGAGAAGUUUCAAGAGAUGGCGGAAUACCUCGGCCGUAGAAAAUAAAAGAGAAAUACUUAUAAAGAAAAAACGCUGGUGCGAGGAACGAGAAGUCUGUCAUAUGGGUGCAAAAUGAAUAACCAUCAAAUCUGGAUAACAGUCAUAGUUGUUAUACAAUAUGACAUUGGAAUAAUAAAAAAUGACGCUUUGCAAUAAGUAACCCCGUUAAAAGAUACCCUUGAUGAGUCUUCCAGUUUCGUCGUGUCCGGCAACUUAAACGAAACGAUAUAUGUAUAUGUAUAUAAAAAGGACUAUACAUCCCAUAUUACAAAUUCUAGUCAAUAAAAUAUAUCUAUAGCGUAUUGUUUUUUAAAUGUAAUAAGUAGCACAAAUACGCAACUAAACAAUAGACAGUAAUGGAUAGAUAUAUGUACAUGACAAGCAUACAUACAGAUGCAUAUACACUCUAAUUUAAGUAUUGAGAGAACGAAAGGAAAUCAUAAGAAGAAAGAAAUGCAAGAAAAGGGAAUGAAAAUUGAGUACUGAACGUGAACAUGUAUGUAACGCAUGAAAUUUGUUAGGUAAAGUUUAUUAUCGCUUAUUAUUACUAUUUUUAUUAUUAUUAUUAUUAUUAUUAUUAUUAUUAUUAUAUUAUAUAUUAUAUCAUAUUAUUAUUUUUAUUAUUAUUAUUAUUAUUAUUAUUAUUGUUAGUUUAACUUUUUUAAAGUUUAGUACUAUCGCAAUGAAUAUCGAUAAUGACAUUUAUUAGCAUGACAUUUCAAGAGAAUGAAAAAAAAAUGUCAGAAAUGAUUUGACAUUUUUAAGUAUUACAGUUUUUUAUGAUAUUAUUUUUACUAUGUAAAUAUAGACAAAGUUUAAUGUUAUUGUAUUGUUUUCAAAGAAAAAUUAGGAAAGAAACAAAAUUGAGUAUUUGUACACUUAGUAUUUAUUUAUUAUUUUUCAAUUUUAUCGCUGAGCGGUUUAUUAAAUUCAAUAAUAUUAAUAUAAAAAAUUAACAAUGAAAAAAUUAUUAAGGUCGCGGGUGAUCGAAUACAUUCCAAAACCAGUAUUUAUUUUCUACUUUACAUUUUUAAUUCUUAUAUUCGUUACUAGUCUUGAAAAAAAAAAAAACAAUAUAGCCUGCAGUUUUAUAUUUAACUCAUUUUACAUUUACAAACAGUUUUUAUUCUCAUAAAUGAAUCUUAUUCCUGAAAUAGUCCACAAGUACUACUCUGAAAAUAUUGGAUUUUUCGAUUAUUUUAUUGACAUUUUUGAAUUUGUAAUUAUUUUUUAAAUUGAGGUAAAUAUCUCAGGCAGUAUUUAACUCGUAGAUAAAGUCUUAAGUAUCUUAUUUAAUUUUUUUUUUUCCCACACUUCAUUAUUGUUAUCAUCAUUAUUUUUAUCAUUAUCAUUCGUAAGAAAAUUCGAUUUUUUGAAUAUUCAUAAACAAAUAAUAUUUUUAGUACAAUUAAAUACUAAUCAUUUAAAACAUUUGACCGUUAUUAUCAAAUAAAUGUUUGUUUUAAAUCUAUUGAUCUAUAUUUCGUACAAUAUUUAUUGCAUAAAUAUUACUUAAUAAUAUUAAAGAAGAAGAAACAGAUGAUUACAAUUCGUCGAAACUGAGAUAUUUACUUUAACAUUCUCAUCAUUCCGAGGGUAACCAUCAUUAAUGAGGUUUAGUCAUUAGUGAAAAUUAUGUUCAAAUGUCAUUGCAUUUAUAUUUUUGCAAAAAUAAAUUAAUAUUUCAUCAAAUUAAUGGUAAAAAUCGAUACUCGCGGACCAUUAAAUGUAUGUAGAAUUAUAUUAUUCUACUAACAAUAAGUAAAAAGAGAGUGUAAGAUUAAGUAAUGAAUACAUAUGUAUGAGUGAAAGUAUAAAAAAAAAAGAAGGAACAAAUAGAAUAAUUUACUUAUUUUUGCAGGCAUGCAAUAUAAUGAGUGUACGUCGCACAUUUAAUUAUAUUUAUUUUUUAAAAAUUUAUUUACUAUUUAAAUUAUGUACCGAUCAUACAUAGUAU